ACCGGAGCUCUCUCUGGUACCUACAGGUCUGAACUCCGCUGGUUUCAGUGCCAUUGAUUCCUCUUUAAAAACCCUCUCUUUGUUACUCCUUCUCGAACUUAAUCGAUAGACUGCAAGAAUCCUUCUUUUUUCCUCUUUGAGAUUUUUGUUUUUGAUAUAACAUUCCCGGAGUUCUCUCCUGUUCGCUGUUUAAACCCUCGUCUUUGGAAAACUAGGGUUUCAGAUACUUGAACUCCUCGAUCAGGAUUCCAUUAGCAAUGAGGGGUUGUUUGGUUUUUGAAGGAUAUGUUCUCUGUUGCAUGCUCUUUUAAUGAACUAGGCAAUAAUAGCCACGCCUUACCCAGGAGCAGUUCAGGUUGGCUCAUACUUUGUGGUGCAGUACUGCCAAGUUCUUCAGCAACAACCGGCACUUCAUUCACCAGUUCUACUCUGAGAAUAGCACCAUGGUUCGAGUUGAUGGGAAGUCGAGCUGGUCUGGUUCUGCAAUUCAGUUAAUAUACAUUUCUUGGUAUUAAGUAUCUUAUUCUGUUUUUUUUUUUUUUUUUUUUUAAUUUUCAAUGGUCAAGAAUGAAUAUCACCAAAAGAUUUCCUCUUUUUCAUUAUAUUACCGAAUUUCCUUUGAUUUUGCGUUUGGGUGUAGUGGCUUUUAUUUCCUUUUUUUGCCCAUAUGUUAUUACAACUCUGUUUUACUAUAUUCUUGUGAUUCUUAUCUUGCUACAAAUUUUGGCCUGUGUAAGCAAACUGUAUGAUUCUGGAGAAUGUGUAUGAUCUGGGUACGGGUACUCAAGCUAGCGCCUGAUUUUAUCUAAUUGGCAAUAUAGUAACAUUUACUCC